AUCAUUAUCGCAAAUAAUCCAUGACAGUCUUCAAUCGGGGGCUCACCGGCUCACUUUGAGCAACAUUUACUUGUGUAAUGAAAGAAAACAGACUAAUAACGUGUGUAACAUCAAACGCGGCAAACACGCUGAAACAGCUAUCAUCAUCGUUUCAUAGUUGAUCCGUGCAGAUCCAGAAUCCAGAUAAAGGGGCGUGUAAAAGAGCCGUAUCCACCUCCGUAGGACGCGGGCGACGCGGGUGCUGUCAGCUGUCAUGGGGAUUUGUGAGUCAGUAAAAAGUUUGUUUGGAGUUUGGGAAGUGUAGCACGUGGAGAAAACACCAAACAAGCCCAAGUGACAUGGAUUCGCUCAAGAAAACGACACUGGGUGCAAGGACCUUCUUUGCGUCGUGCCAUGCCAAGGACACCUGCGGCAAUAAUGGCCUGCCACUCACACCAAAUUCUAUCAGGAUUCUGGGUCUCUUCCAACUGUUAAAGAAGCUGUCGCACAAGAACCUUUGUACAUACUUGGAUGUGCUUCGUAGCAAACAUGAGAGAUUGGUGGUCGUCUUCGAGCAUUUCAAGACAAGCCUGAAGGAUGAAAUUCCAAAGAAACUGCCGACUGAGGCUAUUGGUAGAGUGUGCAGGCAAACACUAGAUGCCUUGGUCUACUUGCACGGCCAUGGCAUUGUACACCAUGUCCUGUCUCCAAGCUCAAUCCUCCUGGACGAUAAGGGUCAUAUCAAAGUUUCCAACUAUGGACUCUACCACAUGACCGAGCAUGGCAAGACCAUUCCGUUCCCGCUUGGAACUCCGAAAUACUUGGCACCUGAGGUUCUGACGCAGGAGAGACCAUCUUUUCAAGGACCCAAGGCCGACAUCUGGUCCCUAGGAAUCAUUGCACUGGAGCUUGCCCUGGGACGUGAGCUUUUGAGCAAUGCCAGCAUUGAGUGCGUAUUCAAGCAGCUUCUGACCUCUAUCAAAGGAAAUGGAGACAUACUGCUUGCUCUCUCGGAACUAGACAAAUGCCAGAAGGAGGUUGAGGAAUUGGAUGCAGCUGUGAAGUCCUUUAUUCGGCUGUGCCUGACAGUGCUGCCUAAAAACAGGCCCACUGCCAAGCAGCUGCUCCUUCAUCCCCUGGUGGCUGGAGCAGGCACUUCCAGUGGGGAUGCUAUCCCAGCGACCAGUACCCAGGUGUCCCCUCUGCGGUGUGAACCUCUCACACUGACUGAUGCCGGUCCCUGUCUCGGGGAGCCCCUGGAGGAGCGCCCCCUACAGGAGCUCUACUUCCUGUGGCGCCUCGCUGGGGGAGACGCGGAGGCGGAGCUUCGGCGUCGUGGUUGUCUCAGGGCGAAGCCCCCGAUCUGCACCCUGCCCUGCAUUGUGUUGCUGGAAGGGGACGAACUGGUCCAGAGGAAGGAUUCCGUCUUCUUCUUCGACGACACCAUCGUGACACUACCCACCGAGCAGCUCUGUCAGAGACUGAAGGGGAUGGAUCCCGCCCUCUACUACCCUCUGAUUGAAAGCGAACAGGACGCCCCUGCCAGCCCAGGUUCAGCAAAUGGCCUGAGCAAUGCCGCUGCACUUCCCAUAGUCAUCCGUGAGAAAGACAUAGAGUACCAGCUGCAGAGGAUAAUCCUGUACAAACGGCUGCUGGAGGCAUAUCCGUUCCAGCGUCAGCGCAUUGUGCGCGAGGCUAAGCUGGACAUUCCUCCCCUGUACAGAGCUCACAUCUGGGCUGCCCUCCUGGACGUACAGGGAGACCUGUUGCGGGAGUAUGAAGCCAUCGACAAGGAAACCCCGACGCCUACAGACAGGCAGAUUGAGGUGGAUAUUCCCCGCUGCCACCAGUAUGACGAGCUGCUGUCGUCUCCAAGUGCUCACGCCAAGUUCAAGCGACUGCUCAAGGCUUGGGUGAUUAGCCACCCACGCUACGUCUACUGGCAGGGCCUGGACUCCCUCUGCGCACCCUUUCUACAUCUCCACUUCAAUGAUGAGGCCGCAGCCUACGCUUGCCUGUCCACCUUCAUUUCCAAAUACCUGCACGACUUCUUCCUCCAAGACAACUCGCUGGUCAUCAAGGAGUACUUGGCUGUCUUUUCGCAUCUGAUUGCCUACCAUGACCCGGAAUUGACCAACCACCUGGACAGCAUCGGAUUCUUGCCAGAGCUCUACUCCAUUCCAUGGUUCCUGACAAUGUAUACUCACGUCUUUCCGCUGCACAAGAUCUUCCACCUGUGGGACACACUGCUACUUGGACGAGACAGCUUCCCUCUGUGCGUGGGAGUAGCCAUCCUGCAACAGCUCCGUUCUGACCUCCUGUCGUUCGGCUUCAACGAGUGCAUCCUGCUGUUCUCGGACAUGCCUGAGAUUGACAUCCAGCGAUGUGUCCACGACUCCAUCCGAAUCUUCUGCAGCACCCCUCAGAGUGCCACAUUCAGGGCCCAUGCCAAGCCUGGGAGCCAGCCCCAAGACCCACUGGGGAUGUCUACGGUGCCUUUGGACAUCCUCAAGUCGGAGCUGUGUCCACGAAUCUCGGCACAAGACCUGCUAGGGCUCCUCGAGCUCUCGCGCAGAGAUGGCACCAAGGUCCGCCUCCUAGUCCUGGACGUAAGGCCAGCAGAGGAAUUCCAGCGAGGAGCGAUCCCAGGAAGCCUCCAUGUCCCACCUGGAAACCCCGCUCAGUGGACCGAACCUCUGCGUAACGGGCACAUGGUGGUGGUGGUGGGAAGCCACAAGGACCACGGUUCUGCGGUGGAAACUGCCAACCAGCUGGUGCGGCUCAACCAGUCGCGGGUCUGCCUCCUGCACGGAGGCGUCGAGGCUCUCCGCACCGCGGGCCUCCUCGAACUGCCCCCGCGUGGCGCCGCCCAGCAGUGACUCCCCUCACUCAAACACAAUCUCCUCGUUGGGAUUAAACGUGUCGAUGUA